AUGAUGAAUGCGAAUGAAAGUCAAAUGCAAUUAAUAACAAUGCAGGAUUCAACUAACUCUGGUGUGAAUUCAAGAAGUUCAUCUCCUUUUCCUGACAGUGAAGGUCCAUCUAAUUUAAGGAGCCCCCCAAGAGUAACAUAUAAAGCAAAUAGACCCAUAUCAAAACAUUUUUUAUGCUGGAAACAACGAACUUUAUUAGAAAAAAUUUUAUUAUAUAUAAUAUUAUUACUAACAAUACUUUUUUUAUUAUUUAUAAGUGUUGAUAAUUUUUCAUCAAAAGGUAUAUUUAAUGGCAGUAACUCACAUAAUAUUUCACACUAUUUACCUAGUAAUACAAAUACAAAUACUAAAACUAUAAAUAAAAAUCCUAUAUAUUAUGACACAACUGAUAAAGAAAAAGAUAUAAAUAAUCCUAAUAUAGCUAUAUUAUCUUCAAAUAACUCUAUUAAUAUAUGUAUAACACCUGGUUGUGUACAAGCAGCUAAUAGUUUACUUUUUUCAAUAAACGACUCUGCAGAUCCAUGUGAAAAUUUUUUUGAAUAUGCAUGUGGCAGAUGGAAUAAUGAACAUACUAUUCCAGAUGGUAUGUCACAAUAUGGAACAUUUGACUAUGUUAGAGAACAAGUUAGAUCUCAAUUAAAAAAUAUUCUUGAAAACACAGAAAAACCUGAAUCUAAGUCAAUUGGAAUGGUUAAAUCUGUCUACUCAGCUUGUAUGAAUAUUUCAGAUCUUCAAAAAAAGAAAACAAAACCAUUAUUACAAGAAAUUGAAGAAUUAGGUAUAUGGCCAUUAUUAUUUCCAAAUGGAUUAAAUAAUAAUAUUUUAUCAGAUGAUAUAGAUUUAACAAAAUUAUUAGCAACAAUACGUAAUAAAUAUGGUGUUGAGGUAUUUUUUACUGUUUAUGUAUAUGCUGAUGCAAAAGAUACAACAAAAAAUGUUUUAAGUGUUGAUCAAUCUACAUUAUCAUUAGGAAGAGGUUCAAGAGAUUAUUAUCUUAAUAAAACAAUGUUUAGUAAUCAUAUGAAAGCAUAUAGAAAUUAUAUGACAGAAUCAAUGAGAAUAUUAAUAAAUGAUUUUCAUCUUAAUAUAACAGAAAAUGAUUUAAUGAAAGGUGAAAAAGAAUUAAUAGAAUUUGAAACAGAAUUUGCUAAAAUUAUUGUUCCAAGUGAUAAUAGAAGAAAUAAUUCAAGGAUGCAUAAUGAAAGAAAAAUAUCAGAUUUACCAGGUUUAUUUGAUCAAAUUGAAUGGGAACGUUAUUUUUCAUUAAUAAUGCCACCAGAAGUUAAAGAUUUUUCAAAAAAUGAUACAAAAAUUAUUGUUACUGAAAUUGAUUAUUUAAAAAAAUUAUCUACAUUUUUAAAAAAAAGUGACAAACGUAUUAUUGUUAAUUAUGUUAUGUGGAGAAUGGCUCAAAUAUAUACAAAAGUAUUAGAUGAAAGAUUUGAUGAUGUUAAACAAGAAUUAAAUAAAGUUAUGUCUGGUCAAGAAACAAAACCACCAAGAUGGAAAAAUUGUAUAUCAACAGCAAUGGGUUAUCUACCAUUAGCAAUAGGUUCUGUAUAUGUAAAAGAACAUUUUCAACCAAGUGAUAAACAUGAAGCAUUAGAAAUGAUUGAAAAUUUACAAAAAUCAUUUAUUGAUUUAGUUAAAAAAAAUGAAUGGGUUGCAGAAAAGACAAAAAAAAUUGCAAUUGAAAAAGCUAAUGCUAUGAUAAAAACAAUAGGAUAUCCUGAUUUUAUAUUAGAUAAAAAUAAGCUUGAUAAAUAUUAUGAAGGUCUUGAUAUUUUUGAAGGUGAUGGUUUUGUUGAUGUUUAUAUGAAAGCAGUUAAAUGGGCAAAUAGAAGAGAUUUUUUAAAAUUAAAAGAACCAUUUGAUAAGAAUGAAUUUGAUGUAUCACCAGCAGCUGUUAAUGCAUUCUAUUCACCUGAAAGAAAUUCUAUUACAUUUCCUGCUGGUAUUCUUCAACCACCAUUUUUUAGUGGUAAAUUUCCUAAAGCUGUUAAUUAUGGUGGUAUUGGUGCUGUUAUUGGUCAUGAAAUAACACAUGGUUUUGAUGAUCAUGGUAGUCAAUAUGAUAAAGAUGGUAAUCUUUUUAAUUGGUGGGAUACACAAAGUUUUAAUGGUUUUCAAAAACGAAAAAAAUGUAUUAUUGAUCAAUAUAAUAAGUAUAAAGUUCCUGGUACAAAUUUAACAGUUAAUGGUAAAUUAACAAUAGGUGAAAAUAUUGCUGAUAAUGGUGGUGUUAAAGAAACUUAUCUUGCAUAUAAAAAAAGUAUAGCAGGAUUAGAGGAUCAACAACCUAGAUUACCUGGAUUACAACAUAUGUCAAAUGAUAAAAUUUUCUUUUUAAGUUAUGCUCAUUUCUGGUGUGGUCACAAAAAAGAUGCUUCAGCAGUACAACAAAUCUUGACAGAUGAACACAGUCCGGAAAUAUUUCGUGUUAUAGGUGUUCUUUCAAACAUGAAAGAAUUCUCAGAUACAUUCAAUUGUCCCAAAGGAAGUCAGUUGAAUCCAGAAAAAAAAUGUUCUGUUUGGUAA